UGUGUGUGUGUGUGUGUGUGUGUAAAAAACAGGGAGAGAUUCUGCCAACAAGACAUAGCGAGUGCAGUCAACAGGUUGUCUGUAUGAAUCUGCACACCCAUGUAUCAUGGGAGACACUUGUCCCCACUGAAGACGACGGUGAUUUAUUGCCAAUGUUUUUCUUUUUAUGCUAAACCAUGGAAGGUGGGGGCUGGACCCUCGGCUACCUCUGGUCUACGUGCUGAUGUCUACCUGAACAUGACGAUAAGCCCACGACGCUGGCUGUGACUGGAUGUGAUAGACGUGUCAAAGGAAUGUGUGAGAUUUGAUGAAAUGGAAAUGGAAAAACAUGUAAAAUGCUUUGAGUGAUCCUUGAGACUAGAAAAUUGCUUAAUUAUUACAGGCCAUUUAGUCGUUUUUUCUGCUCCCCAAAGUCUCUGCUGAAAGAUUUGUUUUGCUGUCUGAGAGACGAGAUCCUUAUAUGUGAACAUUAGAGGUUGUGAUCAUAAGAGCAUCUUACCUUUUUGAGGUCUGUCACUACAAGUUGACAUUUCUUCCAAAGCUGCUAACAGCAAAUCAUGUGUGUGGAAGGGAAGGUUAAGCUGAAUACUAAUUUGAUUUUUUGAUUUAGGUUAUUAUGCAGUGAUAAUUAAGCUACAGCUGUCACCUCUAUGCUCAUAUUUGAAAACGACACGCUGCCUGCAGAUCUGUAGAAUGUCGACUGUUUUAAUGUGCGUUAAUCCUUUCUGCGACUUUCUCCUCCUCUGCCUGUAGGGAGCGGUGACAGCACCUGCAGACACACAGACGUGGACAGACGGCGCAGACAUCUGGGACGCUUCCCUCCCAUUGGUGGACAGAUCCAGACUUCACACCAGGAACUGCAGCUCCAGGCACAUGACAACUCUCCACUGAGCAGCAGGCUCCACCUCCUCAGCCCCAGUGGCUCUGCCUCUUCUGCUCAGGGAUUGCCGGAGUCCGUGAGUCAACACAUUGCAUUCUGGGAAAGUCUGGAACCCUCUCCAUGGGCUGUACCACCUGCUGACAAACUCGAGGCGGUCUGGAGGAGUUGUGUCGAAUGAGGUUUCUGCUGCAUGUGGGCAGGCUUGUUUUUGCAAGGAAAUGAUUCCGCAUGAAGUGCAACGCACUCGGCCCCCUGUCGCCCUCGGCGGCAGCAGCAGGUGUGAUGUCAUAACACUCUCCCCUACCACACUGAGCUCACUCUUCAGACGCUAAAGACCCCUGGACCGAACCGACCGCCUUACCCCUCCCCCCUAAUCACCCCUCCAUAUCUUUCUCUCCAUCUUUAAUCCUUCCUCACCUACUCUUAAGGGCCUGGAUUUUCGUUUCGUUGUUAUCUUAUAAAAAAAGACCUGAUAAUCAAUGGCCUUGAAUAAACCUGGUAGAAAGACAAAGAGAAACAAGAUAACGGAGGUUAAUUUAUAACUGAUUGGAGUGGGACAAGUGACAGGUCAUCACACGUGAGAACAAAAGAAAGUCAGAAGUGAAAGAGUAAAGGUGAACAAAAAGAAAGAAAGAAAAAGCUAAAGAACUCCAAAACUCCAGAAAAGAUUAACGUAAGUGCAGUUGAGGGACGUGAGGCGAAAUCAUGAAGUCCAAUCAGGAACGCAGUAAUGAAUGUCUUCCCCCAAAGAAGAGGGAGAUCCCUGCAUGCACUUUACCCUCUGAGAGUCGUUCACUAACCAUGCCACCUGCCAGUGACAGCCAGCGCACAGAGAACAUGGCCUGGCUCGCCAGUGUGGCUGGUAGGAAUGAGAGCAGUAUGGGUGGGCGCCGUAGCUCCAGUCAGUCUGAUGGACCGCAGUAUAAAUCCCUAUCCUCCACAUCAGACUCUUCAUCCUCCUCUUCAUCGCUGAGGCUAGUCUCAUCUCUUCCCACAGUUUAUACGCCGCCCUUGUCACAAUCAACCGUUGGAGGAACUGUCCAUUACACCCACAUGCCUCCUAAUCUUCAGUUUGUAGCCUCACCUUACACCGCCCCAUACACAGGCUAUCUGUCUCCUCAACUGCUCCCACCACCUCCUCCACCUCCCCCGCUCUCCUCUUCCUCCUUGGCAGCACAGAGGCCCUCACACACAGAGAUGGCCUCUGCACCUUCACAGGCCUCCAAACAUGACCAGCACCGAGCGUCCUCUGGGCGGACGUCUAUGCCGCCUCCCCCCACGGACCCCGUCUUUCACCAUGUUCAGAUGUCUACUUCCCCGCGGACUGUUCCGUCGCCUCAUCAUCACCAUCAAGGACGCGCUCACCAUUCUCACCAUUCACUGCACCCCCACCACACGGUGGGACAUGGAAUGUCCCAGGUUUUGGUGCAAUACACAGACGGACCUAGCAGGAAGGAGGAAGGUGGCUCCAGACACAGAGAGCUCCACAACGGAGAGCUGGAGAGGGGCCGGCGAUACGGAGUAUCUCCUGAAUCCAGCCUCUCCAAGUCGGGGAGUAAAACACGCGACAGCCAUUUGUCCUCCUAUGAGGCCCGCCAGCUGGUUCUGCCCUCAGAUUACUCUCCUUACGAUCCCACAGGACUGAGAACCUCUGUUAUGCUCAUGCAAAAUAGCCAAGGAGACCACCACAUGGUACCACCCAGACCCAGCCCUGAGAAGCUGACAACCUCUGCCCCCUCACACCUGGAGAAAGGUGGUAUCAUCUUGGGCAAACCUGUCAAUCGCAUAGCCUCCGCCUCCAGCACCACAUCUUCAUUCACAUUUCCACCACCAUUAAGUGUAGACAGUUUGAAAGCCGCUGUCAGUACGCUGUCACCCCAGACUGUUAUCCAAACCACCCACAGUGCCACAGAGGCACUGUCAAUGGGGCUCCCCUCCACCAAUAUCUACCCCCAGCCACCUAUCAUUGGUUAUAUUGCAGGUGGUAGUGGAAGCCAGCAUACACCAAUCAGCUACCACACCAGCCUACAACAACACUUACUCAUUCCUGGUGCCCAGCCAGUCAUUAUCCCUGUUAGUGGAGGUGGUGUCACCACAGUGGAAACUGUACCCUCAUCUACUCACCCUGCACCUUUUCCUACCGCACUCCCGCACACCUACAUUGCUGCCACGGCUCACAAAGAUGACACUCUGGAAACCUCCAGCAGCUCAUACCACCAGGCCGCUUCUGGUGGAGUGGUCCAAGCACAGCUUCAUCUCCCCGUUGUCCCCGCGGCAACAGGACUGGCCGCCUCUUCUGCUCCUCCUCCCCCGUCCAGUACGGCAGCGCCUCCCUCACUCCCCCCAUAUUUCAUCAAGGGCUCUAUCAUCCAGCUGGCCGACGGGGAGCUGAAACGCGUUGAGGAUCUGAAGACGGAGGACUUCAUCCAGAGUGCUGAGAUCAGCAAUGACCUGAAGAUUGACUCAUCCACGGUGGAGCGCAUUGAAGGCUGCCACACCUCACCGAACGUCGCUGUGGUUCAGUUCUCAGUUGGUGAGCACCGUGCACAGGUGAGUGUGGAGGUCUUGGUGGAGUAUCCCUUCUUUGUCUUUGGCCAAGGCUGGUCUUCAUGCUGCCCGGAUCGGACCACCCAGCUGCUGGAGCUGCCUUGCACCAAGCUUUCAGUGGGAGAUGUUUGUAUUUCUCUCACCCUCAAGAACCUGAGGAAUGGAUCUCUGAGGAAGACUCAGCCCCUGGAGCUCACCACCCCUGCCUCAAUCACUGGCUCCAGUCACGGGCACCUCAAACCCCCCAGAGCUGUCUCUGACGCUCCCCACAGCAGUGGAGGAGGCUCCAGGCAUGGUGAGCGGGAGAAUGGCAUCAGCCAGCGGGGGAAUAGUGGAAGUGGGAAUGGCAGUGGAGGGAGCAUCAGUAUGGAAAAUGGGGAUCUUAUGUUUGGGGGAAGGGGGUCAAUUUCUAAAGGUCAGGUCACCAGCAGCACAAAAGCUGGCUCCACUAAGACAUCGGGUGGCAGGAAGCGGAGGUGGUCUGCACCUGAAGGUCGAAAAGCUGAGAAAUCAGAAGAGGAGCCACCUUUGACCCUGCCCAAACCUUCCUUCAUCCCUCAUGAGGUGAAAGUCAGCAUUGAGGGAAGGUCAAAUAUGGGCAAGUGAAGGCUAGUAGGACUGUUAAUAAUCCUGGGGAUUUGGAAAAAAAAAAAUCAUAAAACGACUCUACAAAAAAACAACAACA